GCUGGUCGACGCAAGCUCGCCAUCGUGCUUAUUCGCGUGUGCCUUCCGCUUCGGGUGAACGGUCGAGAAGUCAUGACUCAGUUACACAGAUAUUAUCACCAUCAGUUAAAACCUCAAUACAUAAAACAAUUCACAUCGAAUGACGGUCUACAAUAAACGAAAUACAAAAUAAAAUAUUUCACAUAAAAAUGCUCAUUCAAAAAUAGAUCCAAGUUUGGUAAAUCCACGACCUUUUCGAAUCGUGUGGUAUGCCCAAAACCCGGCUUCUGAACACGAAACUCAUCCAUGCCCAUAAUAGAAAUUUUCAAAAUGAAUGUCAAAUGAACAAGUGUAAGGAAUUUGGAUGCAUAGUAAACAGCAUCCAUCUCCGAAAAUGGCUGAUAGGACUAAUAAUAUUCUUACUGACAUAUUUAAUUGCAAUAAAUAGUGUAACUAUACGACAAUUUAGGGUUAUACCAAUCGCAAAUAACACUAAUCCCGGAAACUACGUUGAAAUAAGGCCUCAUUUUUUAACAUUUAAAAACUCUGGAUUUUUAGUAAAAAAUAAGGGAUGUAGAAUUCCUAAUUUAGAUCCAUUUGACCCCGCGAUUCAAAAAUAUAUAGAAAAAGCAAGUCCCAUUAAUUGCGAAUUUGGAAACUACUUGCCACUAAUUGAAUCAAAUAAUACGGCGAUUUUCGUUAAUCCAGAAUCCAAGGCUCAUUUCUACAAUAAGACUGAAGUGGUCGACUGCUGCUGGAUACCAUUUUCGAGGUCCAAAAAUAAAGAUAAUGCUGUUGUAUACGAUAAAGACUGUCACCGCUUCCAAGAUUCAGUGACUAUCACUGAAGAAUUCAUCAAAGUCAUAUGCUCAAAAAACAACGAAGUCAUCUACCGCGACUAUCACGCAUUUUUGCCUCGCAAAGCAAAGGUCGAAGCAAGAUGUCUCAAGGCGACAAAACCGGACCUAGAAACACCUUACCUCAGCAUCCUAAUUGUAGGAUUAGAUGCCAUUUCAAGGCUCAACUUCCACAGGACAAUGCCAAAGACACUAAAAUCUCUCCAAGAUCUCGGAGCUGUGGAAAUGGUUGGCUACAACAAAGUAGCAGACAACACCUAUCCAAACCUAGUACCUGUGCUGUCCGGACUCUCCAAAAAAGAAUUCCAAAACACCUGCUGGACCGACCACAAAAAGCCAUUCGACGACUGUCCCUUUAUCUGGAAGAAUUUCAGUUCCUCUGGCUUCCGGACAAUCUUCGGAGAAGACGCUUGUGAAAUUACAACCUUCAACUAUCUGAAGCCAGGCUUCAGAGUUCAACCAACAGACUACUACCUCCGACCUUUCUGUGUCGCAGCAGAAAACGACAUCGGGAACAGCCACAAGCUAAACGCAAAACUCUGCCUGGGAACGAGAAAAAACUUUGACACCCUUCUUCAGUAUACUCAUAAGGUAGCUCUAGAGUUCAAAAACGACCCCUACUUUGCUUUUUUCUGGCAAACCAGUUUGAGUCAUGACUUCCUCGAGUUUCCUCAACUAGGGGAUGAUUCUUACAGUGAUUUUGUCAAGAGUCUUAAACUGGAAAAGCUCCUCGAGAAUUCCGCUUUGAUCAUGAUGAGUGAUCAUGGCAUGAGAUGGGGAUCAUUUCGUCAGACUUAUCAAGGUCGACUUGAAGACAGUCUUCCGUUCGUCUUUCUGGUGUUGCCAGACUGGUGGAAGGAGAGAUUUCCAGUGGCCUGGGGAAAUUUAAGAAGAAACUCAAGAAGCCUGACAACACCUUUUGAUCUUCACGAGACCUUGCAAGACUUGUUGGAUCCUCAACGGCUGAAGGAAGAGUUCGUGAGGAAGAGGAUUGAAGAUCUGGCCCAGAAAAUUACCAGGGGAAUCAGCUGGUUCCUUCCGAUUCCGGAUCAUCGAACAUGCUCCGUGGCUGAUAUACCUGAGCACUGGUGUAUGUGUCAUGGAAGCAACAAUGUUUCUCUGACUGAUCCUAAUUUGCAGAAGAGCGUCAAAUUUCUAAUAGAUGAACUGAAUCGAAUGCUCAAGAAAUAUCCGCAGUGUGCUGUUCUGAAGCUCAAGAAACUUGUAGAUGCGAAGAUGUGGAGUGACAAGGAAGACGGGGAAGAAGGAAAAGCACCUUGGAUUGAUUUCACUACAACUUUGGAAACUGAACCGGGUGGUGCAAUUUUCGAAGGGUCGGUGAGAUACAGAAUUGAUGAUGGGAAGAUGAAAAUGAUGGGGUCUGUGAGCAGACUGAAUGCCUAUGGGAAGCAGAGUGCCUGUGUCGACGACUUCAACAUGCGUUUAUAUUGUUAUUGCUUCUAGGAUCAGAUGUACAUAUCUGGAGAGAAAUGUGAUAUUUUGUA